AUGGUUGGGUCACUACCAGUCAGCUCACCAGACGAAGAAAAUUCAAACGCUUCAUCCCUGCCCCGUCACUAUCCAAACCCUGGUUAUCUUGGAAUGUCAAGUCAUUCCACUAUUUUCAACCAGGUCUUUUCAUCUACGACGGCGCAUGUCGCGGCACCUCAGCAUGAUGUGCAGCAACCUGCUCCUCCGCCUAUUUCCCCUGCUCUAACCGAUUCCAUCCAGGACUUGACAAUCUUGGAGAAGGGGUUGUUCGCGUUAAGUCACUUGGAUCAGCUGGACAUACCCAACCUUGCAUCUUUGGUGCGAUCUUGGCUUGAGAGGGGUGUCAAUCUCCCCUUGGCUGGGCCAUUCGUGCCCCAAUCCUUAAAUGCAGUCACAAAUUGGAGCAAGCACCCCAAACCUUCCUGGAAUAGCUCGGAUUAUAGGAUUGAUGCCCGUAACAGGGUCCGAAUUCUCUUGGAAAGCACCCAGAAGCCAAUUGUCGUACAGCAUGACUCAAGCUUUGAGCUAUUUCUGAGUCAGAUUCUCGGGGAGAAUUUACGAUUGGAGGCCCUCGGAAUUUUCCUAACAGCUGCAGCACGAGCCACUUUGGACACUUGCUCUUUUCCGGCACUGUUCGCAACUGAUCGGCAGCGUCGCGAGCUUACCAAAACCUUAUGUCUUAUUGGAGAUUUUUGUUUGGAGACCUGUCUUGCACUCGAUUGCUUGAAUGAUCUGCAACUUGUUCUGCAGUAUGAAAACCUUAUAGUACAUUCCCAAGUCGAUGGAGAUCAGAGCUAUCACUCUUGGCGAAGGAUGGGAGACGUCGCGAGCUCCCUCUUUGCCCUGGGAUACCAUGAGAAAAUUAAUGGGGGUAUGGAUGGCAUUCCCGAUUUCCUCGCCGAGUUGCGGAGGGCGUGUUUCGCGCGUAUUUAUGCCGCCGAUAAAAGUUUGGCAAUAUUUCUUGGACGACCGCCACGAAUCGUCAAGGAAUAUUGUUUCUUCCAGCUUCCAACUCACCCAGGGGUACGGAAUGACGAAUAUGCCGCGGGGUUUGACAGCCUGACUCGAUCACCCCUUUCGAAUGUCAACUGGGGGAUGAGCGGCCGAACUCAAGACAACCCUGAACCCAUCAAUUACACUGCAGAUACACGUUGCUCGGCCUUGUUUGCGUCAUUGAAGGAGGAAGUUUUGUUAAUGUUUCGUAAGCGCCACCUCAAUGAAACAGAAAGGAUAAGUGAACUUCGAUCACGUAUUGUUGCGCAAUGGCAGGAGCUUCCAGCUCACUUUCGUCUCGCUACCAGCCUGAAGGAUUGCGACUGGAGCCCGUUUGAGCGGGACUUCCUUGCUGGAACUAGACUCGAUUAUUUACACAUUCUCCUUCUACUUGGGCUGGUCUCACAAAAGAGAGCAUCGGAACUAGACCAGUCUCUUCUUGAGGUUGCAGGCGAGAUGCUCUCUAUAACAGUGGAAGUGAUUAUUCUCCGUGAUCGUUUGGUAAAUUCCGGAACAUCUCUGAUUUGGAAAGUUGCACAAUACGGGCUUCCUGCGGCAGGAAUUGUUUCAUUGGCCCUCUUACAUCCGAUAAGCGCUGAUUGUAGACCAUUUCCACGUUCGAAGAUGUUACAAGAUUUAAGUACACUUGUUGCAGAGAUCUCCAUAGGCGCAUGGAUCCAAGCUGGGGAGCCAAACUUUGCGCUUUUUACUCGCGCUACUCAAACGAUUCGGAGCUUGUUGGAUUCGUUGACUGCAUGGAAACCACAUACCGAACUCUGCAGUUCACAUCAGAACGAGAACACUUAUCUCACGGAAGACUGGAAUGCGUUCAUUGACUCACAGCCUUGGGAAUUCGAGAUGGAUUUCUGGGCUAAUUUGGCAGAGCAUCCAACUUUGACUGGUUGA